CGACACCCGCCGGUAUUUUCAAAAUCCUCAAGGCAAGAUGACGAAAGGUACCACGUCUUUCGGUAAGCGGCACACGAAGAGCCACACACUCUGCAGGCGGUGUGGGAACCGCGCCUUCCACAAGCAACACAAGGAGUGUGCACAGUGCGGUUACCCUCGCGCAAAACUGCGGUCGUACGAGUGGGGUCAGAAGGCCAAGCGCCGAAAGACGACCGGUACUGGCCGCAUGCGUUACCUCAAGCAUGUGUCGAGGCGUUUCAAGAAUGGUUUCAGAGAGAACACCACCGCUGUGAAGAGGACCAAGCCCAAAACAUCCGAAGCAUAAACUAUAUCUUGUUAUCUUCGAGUGGCCGGCCUUUUCUCACUUCGCAUCCGUUAUGUUCUGCCUAUCACACACCCGCACGAGCAUGCUGUCCUCGUACCGUACGCGCAAAAUACAUAAGCCGUAUGUAUACACGAAAUCGCUGUGCGCGCAUGCCAGACAUAGUACUGCCAGUUGCCGAUUGAGUGUGCUUCAUUUUGCGAGCCAUAUCAAAUUAUCAAUAUCCAAGGUUGAGAUGCGGGUG